UUCCUUUUUCACUUAGACGGUGAAGGUGCAACAGUUAUCGGUCGUCCCGAAUCCGGGUUCAUCCGACACCCUCAUCUAUUCAAGCUAAACUGAGCUCAACAUCAGCUGAUACACCAUGCCUCCCAAAUUCGACCCCACCGAGAUUAAAGUUGUGUACAUGAGGUGCACAGGAGGAGAGGUUGGUGCCACUUCCUCACUGGCCCCCAAAAUCGGACCUUUGGGUCUUUCCCCUAAAAAAGUGGGUGAUGACAUCGCAAAGGCCACUGGUGACUGGAAGGGUCUGCGUAUUACUGUGAAGCUAACCAUCCAGAACAGGCAAGCAGCGAUUGAAGUUGUGCCAUCAGCCUCUGCCCUCAUCAUCAAGGCCCUGAAAGAGCCUCCCCGUGAUAGGAAGAAGGUCAAGAACAUUAAGCACUCUGGGAGCGUUACCUUCGAUGAGAUAGUCAGCGUUGCCCGUGUCAUGAGACCACGCUCUAUUGCCAGGGAGCUUUCUGGUACCAUUAAGGAGAUUCUUGGCACAGCACAGUCUGUGGGCUGCACCAUUGAUGGUCGCCCACCCCACGAUGUCAUAGAUGACAUCAACAGCGGAAAAGUCGAGUGCCCAGCUGAAUAAUUGCAGACAAAAAAUAAAAGUGGUUAAUAAAAAUUAA